CUGAUGUCAGCGUUACGUGAGAAGUACAGAAUUCUAUUUGACGCCAUUUUUUAUUCAAUUCCAAUACGUGGGCGGUUUUACAUUAAUCUAGUCGGUACCAUUUUUCCUUCACGACUUUAAGGGAUCGCAUUUUCUAACAAAACUGUAAUUAUAACAUCGUUAGCAACACUUCGUCCAUGACCAUUUCCAACUCGCCUCGAUUAAAUUUCACCUGACUACAACCGGUGAAAUGAUCGUAUAUUGCGCGUGGGCAGACUCUACAACACUUUUACAUCGCGUCCACAUGCUGCUUUUCUCAUACGGACACCCCGGCCAACCUCAGAACGCACCGACUGGUGGCCACUGUUUGUAUCGAGGGUUUUCACCCCUAAGUUUCCCCACAGAGCCUUUCUCCGGACGCGAUUUCCCUAUACGGCACCGGUGCGGUGCUGUCUGUGUUUACUGUGAUAUUUGUCCCUGAAACAGUAUUAUAAAUACAGAUAGUAACAUAUAUGACCCGAUCAUCAAAAACCUUCAAUCGAAAACACUGUAAGCCGUUCUUAGUCUUACCUUCGAUAGCGGACAGAUAUUCUGCUGAUAAAAUAGAAGAACCAGUGAAGAUGCCUUUGAAGAACCCAGCUGGACUGAAACUAUUCACAAAACGCACAAACAUCAAAAAGAGAGAAGAUAGACCACUAACAGCAACGCUUGAAAAACCUAUGAUAUUAGAUAUUAGGUUUAUAGGACUGAUUGAUAUGAGUAAAGUUACGAAAGAAUUUCUAAAUAUUCCCAAUUUAUGUAAAAUGCCAUUGUUAAUAAACAAGAAGCCUGUAAAGGUUGCUAGGCCAUUGAGUUUGCCUCCAGCACAGAGGUUUAAAACAAAGAGGAAAGCAGAUUCGGAUUCUACCGAGAAUUUGGAUGAUAAUGCAAACCUCCGCAGUACCCCUUCCAAGGCCGUCGCCACAAUUCGCCCCGUUGCCGUUGCACCCAUCUUCCGUUCAGUCAAAACAUCAUCAGCAGCCAUCAAAAAGCAGCCAACUGCGAUUCAACCACAAUCGCCGCAUCGGCACCGUGACGCAAACAACAAUGAUAAUAACAAACCGCCUUGCAAAAUCGUAGCUGCGAUCAGGCCCCGGAAACAAACCGUGCCAGGCGCUGCCAAAAUCGAAGCAACGUCAUCCUCCGCUCCUGCGAAAUUGGCAAGCAACGCCGUCGCCGAAGCCUGCAAGACGUGUGGCAGGAAGGACCAGCCUGAGAGGUUCCAUAGCCAUCCUGCUACUGCAGUGCCUCUGUGUGGAAAGGUCGUUUCUCCUAGGCUUGCCAUGAAAAGUACCGUUCAGAAACCAGUAGCGAUGAAAUACAAGUCGAAAUCGAACACCAACUCUCCCAUGGAGAUGAAACGACAAGGCAACUCCAGACUUCCUCAACCGACUGCAAAACUUAAGCCACCAUCUCAACCUCAGAAUCCAGUCGUUCGAACGAAGUCGCCCGAACCGAAACGAGCUACGUCCGCCAAGCGUACACUUACUUGUUAUAUAUGUGGAAGAGAAUUUGGAAGUGCCUCACUGCCACUUCAUGAGCCUAAAUGUCUCCAGAAAUGGGAAAGAGAAAAUGCCAGUUUACCGGCACAUCUUCGAAGAAAAGGUCCACCAAAGCCAAAUCCAAACAUUAGUAAAGACGAAUGGAAUAAACUAGCCUGGGAGUCCUCUCAGUCUACGCUGAUGCCAUGUCACAACUGUGGCAGAACCUUCUAUCCAGAGCGCUUGAUUGUCCACGAAAGAAGUUGCAAGGUUCCACAGAUUACCAUGAAAAACAUUCCAUCGACUGAUGCGACAUCUUCCCGAGUUGUGGAUAGCACGUCAUCUACCCCAACGACUCCCAAGGUUCCCCCUACCUUCGAAUGUUAUAUAUGUGGCAAGAAGUUCGGCAGCCAUUCUAUCAAAAUUCACGAGAAACAGUGCUUGAAGAAAUGGCAUAUUGAAAACGAUUCUCUUCCGGUAGACAUGAGAAGUCCACCUCCUGUCAAAAAAGAAAAGACGUCACCUGUAUCACCCAAAAAAGAGACUGUGGAAGUCAAAAAAAAUUCUGAAGAUAGACCUGCUUCAUCUAAGAAACCUCCUAUGUUUCCAUGCUAUAUCUGUGGAAGACUCUUUACCGUUAAUUCCAUCUACAUCCACGAACCCCAAUGUUUGAAAAUGUGGAAGAUCGAAAACGAAAAAUUACCACCCACCAAGCGAAAACCUGAACCUCUCAAGCCUGAUAUCAAGUUUACACGGGAUGGUAAAAUCGACUAUGAAGCUACCACAGAAGCCCACUGGCAAAGUCAUCUCAGCCAUCUCAUACCUUGCAGGAACUGUAAGCGAACAUUCAACCCGGAUAGGGUGGAAAUACACGAAAGAAGCUGCAAAGGAAUUUGAAAUAACUUCUAAUCCUCAGAAAAAAAUCACUGUGAUCUAAUAUUUGUAUUCUGUGUAUAUAUUCAAACUUAUAUAACCAGUGUUUGUAGGUGAUCUUGUACAUGCGUAUUCAGAAACAAACGUAAAACAUGCUAUUAAUUGUUCAGCAUUGUACAGUCAUAUUUUUGGACAUUUCCAAUAAGGUUCAUUAGAUAAACAUCACAUCUCGGAUUUUUCUUAAGAAGCAAUGUAUCUUCUUAAAAUAACACCCUAUAUAGAAGCUAUUGUACGGAAAAUAGUCUGUUGGAAUAGUAGGAUAACUUAUGAGACAAGGUAGAAAAAUAAGUUUGAAAUUGAAAAAUCAACCGUUAAUAGAAAGGUUCCCAGUCUCUGUAACAAAAAGAAAUCUCGACCAUAUUGUAAGUACCAGCAAUAUUGCUGUUGUUAAGCUAUUAGCUUCCACUGAAGCUUCUCCACGAAAAAAUCUUGAUUAACAUGUUUCCCAGGAAACUACAAAACAACUAGUCCCAUAAUCCUACAGCGUAAAGAAGAGCUGUAUUGAAGCGAUAUAAUAAGUUCUGUACAGGGUGUUCAGAAGGUUACGACUUUCCGUUUUAUGUUCGGUAGAACACCAAGGGAAAAGAGAGAAAAAUCUUUGAAGAAAGUACUCUCCGUUCAUCUGACAAAUUUCAAGUACCGUAUGAUGCUCAUAGAUAGAUACUGUUGUGCUCGACGUUUGUAACAUAUUCAAGGCUGUGUACACCUUUCACUGUGUACACCUCGACGUUCUUGCAAACGGCCUGUGUUUUCAGCACUUUGUACGAAAUAAAGAUACGCGGCACAGUCCCGAAAAGCGAUCUGAGGAUCCUCCCGAAGCCUCAACGGUAUGUUGAAAACACCAUAUCGAGAAGUUUAUUAUUGCCAUAGGAGUGUGCAAUUCGCGUUUUUUUUUUUUCAAAUGAGAGUCGAGUACAAAUAGUUGAUUUACCUACACGACCGGUUAAAUUCAGAGACACAUAAAGGCAAAUUUACUUAUCUUUACAAGCGCUAUACCCCAAGCAAAGUCCUAACUUUAAAGACAUCCUGUACCAUACGUCUCAAUACACUUCCAACUCGUCUACCACAGAGCAUUUGAAACACGGAAGUCUUGAAACGUCAAUCAGUGUACUGAUAUGUUCAGUUCUAAUUUCAAAACAUGUGAAAAGUAAUGAACUGAAAGUGAUACUAGUGUAUAUUUCAAACAAUUAGUUUUAAGCUCCACAUUAUAUAAAGUUUAUUUCAAUUUAUGUUAGAUGCAAAGUAUGUUCGUAAUUAUUCAAUAUAUAUUUUCAAUAAAACAAGUCGAUUUCCCAA